UUAAAUUUAUUCCUCAUUUCUGUAGGAAAAAUACAGUAAUUUUUUUAAUGGAAUCGAGUAAUCGUUAUCAAUUUGAAUUUCAUGAAGAACAUCAGGAACGACCACAAAAACAUUUUUAUCCCCGUCAGGAUCCAAAUGUCACGGCAACAACAAUCGAAACAAAAUAUUACAGUAGAGAAAUACCUCCAAGAAUUUAUUCAAGAAAUGGGGAUAACACAAGACGAAGAUCUAGUAUUUCUUAUAAUGAAUAUGAUAAAUACGAAUCGGACAGACUUAAUACUAAAUAUUGUAUUGAACCAGCUGGAGUAUUGAGAAUUAUAGAAAUUGUGGGUUUUUAA